AUGGCGUCGCCUGAAGAAGCGGUCCUCUAUCGCACCCAGGGCCGCAUCGCCAUCAUCACACUCAACCAACCGAAGAAACUCAAUGCCAUGAACCAAGACUACUACUAUCGCAUCUCCUGCCUCCUCCGCGACAUUGCAGAGAAUCCAGACAUCACAAUUACCGUCAUCACAGGCAAUGGCCGAUUCUUCUCGGCCGGAGCUGACGUGACGUUGACCCGACCGGGCGGUGGGCCUGGCAUCAGCAAGGACCAGGCGCGGAACGACAUUCUGCGAUCCUUCGCGGCCAACAACCUCGACAUCACGCGGUCGUUCUACACCCAUCCCAAGAUCCUGAUUGCCGCCCUCAACGGGCCGACCGUCGGCCUGUCCGCGGCGCUGUUGGGCUUCUGCGACUUCAUCUAUGCCGCUCCACACACCUUCCUCUUAACCCCCUUCACCUCGCUGGGCCUGGUGGCCGAGGGCGGCGCGUCCAUCGGCCUCGUGCAACGUCUGGGCCUGGCCAAGGCCAACGAAGCCCUCAUCAUGUCCCGCCGGAUCCCCUGCGACGAGCUGGUGGCUUGUGGGUUCGUGACCAAGGUGUUUUCCGGGAAAGACCAGAAUGACAGCGACGGCUUCUUGAAGCAGGUCUUGGCCGAGGUGGAAGACAAGCUGGGCGACCAUUUGAACCAAGAGAGUUUGGUCAAGAUCAAGGAGCUGAUCAGACGGCCUUUUCUCGAGAGCCUCGAGGCCCAGGGCGUCAGGGAGGUCAUGGAGGGCAUGCAGCGCUUCAUCAAGGGCGCACCGCAGGAGGAGUUUAGAAAGAUUGCCAGUGGCGAGAAGAAACAUAAGUUAUGA